UGAGAUACUUUAAUCAAAUCAAGACAUUCAAGUUUUGUUUCGAGUUAAAUCGACUGUUAUUUCUCGGUUACAUAAUAAGCUCAUUUGUAAUUAUAGCGCAAUUAUGGUUGUCUUCCUGUGUGCAAAAGUUGCAUUUGCAAUCUAAACAAUGCACAAGGAAGGUAUUGGGGGAGAGUGAUUAUGGCCAUUGUGGGCUUUACGUAAACAAACCUUUCAGAACGGAAUGUACUAUGGCUGGGGGUCAAAGAAGGCGGCGCUCACACUCCGCUGGUCUGGAAAGUCCCGGGCCUCGUGCCAGAAACCAGAUACGCUGCAACGUGCGCCAGUGCCUCAAGCCACCACUAGUAGAAAUAGCUUGAGGGAAAGGCUUCUCCACCUUGCCAUUAUCCAUGAAGCCAAGGACUGUGCAAGGAAGUUGAUAGAGCUGUCGUGCAGUGAGCCUUUCCUCAAUCAACAGAACUACCAGAGACAGACUCCGCUCCAUCUGGCUGUGAUCACAGAGCAGGCUGAGAUAGUGGAGCGUCUGCUGAGGGCUGGCUGUGACCCAAUGCUAGUGGAUGACAGUGGCAAUACAGCCCUCCACAUCGCCUGUAGGAAGGGCUCUCUCACCUGCUUCAGUGUCCUCACCCAGACCCAGGGCUGCUCUACCCAGCUCCCAGCCAUCAUGGCCACACCAAACUACAGUGGUCAGAACUGUUUGCAUCUGGUCUCUAUCCAUGGCUUUCUCUCGCUUGUGGAGAGCCUUGUUGCUCUCGGAGCUGACAUCGAUGCACAGGAGCAGUGUAAUGGCCGCAGCCCUCUCCACCUAGCUGUGGACCUACAGAACCUGGACUUGGUACGGCUCCUGGUCAAUAACGGGGCUAACGUCAACAGCCUGACCUAUGGAGGUCACACGCCGUACCACUUGACCUACGGUCGCCAGAACGCCGCCAUCCAAAGGGAACUGUAUGAGCUGACGGCUCAGGAGUUGAGAGAACUGCCAGACAGUGAGUCUGAGGACAGUGAGGAAGAGGGACAGUCUGAUGAGGAAGAGGUAACAUGUUGGUAUGAUGACAUUCAAUGGAAUAUGCACAAGUAGGAAGUCGACCAAAGAACCUGUAGAGAACAGUAGUACAGACAGGGAGAAGCUCUGCUGCCCACAGGCUCUAGCUAUGGUACAGUGGCAUGCCCAGCAGUGGUGCCAACCUCAGAAGUUGAGGAUGGCAGAAGGCUGGGGUACACCCUAGGACUGACAGUGAUGAUGGACAGUGUGAACCAAUGAGAAGAUGCCAAAUAAACUAAAUGGAUGCCAAUAAAUAAUGGUCUUUAUGGCUCUCUGAUAGAUACUCAUUAUCACAAAGCUUACAUCCAACCAACGAUGUAAUAGCAUCAGCAUGUAUUAUAUUGUAAAUGGCUGUGAAUACAAAUACAUAUUUUUUUUUAUAACUGUAAAUGUAUAAAGUUUGACAUUACUGUAAAUGUUAUCCAUUGCGGGUUGAAAGGUAAAGCAAACUCCAGUAAAUUAAAACAUGACAUUUAACUUC